CCUCCGCGAGUGCUCGGGGCGAGUCGUGGGGGCAUGCUUCGUUUCCGCCCGCAGGACAGAUGGGGAAACUGAGGCAUGGGUUGGGGUUAGGACGGGGAGGGGCGGAGAUCCAGACGACCAGGCUCCCGAGAGGACCCUGCUCGUCGAGUGUGUGUGUGAGACGGACUCGGACUCGGAACUCGCCACCGGUCCCGCUGUUCGUCGCUGGGCCUCCGAGGGGCUCGUGCCCACUUGGCCCAGGCGGCGUUGGGGGCGGGGGAAGAAGAACGGAGUUGGCUCGCCCGCCAGGCUGGCGUGGUGUGUGGACUCUGCCCCGGAGCGCCGAACGGCUUUAGGGCGCGGGCCGAGGGGGAGGUGCCCCAGGUCGUGCCCUGGGCCCCGGCUCUGCGCCCAGAUUCCGGCCCCCAGACUGGCGAGACCCCAGGCGGAGGAGCCCUGGAGCCCUCCGAGGAGCCACCUUAGCCCGUGCCCCCAGCACACCCCUCCAUCCCUCCGUGUCUACCUGGAUGCUCAGCGGCGACCCCCCACCCCUUCUUUCCAGUGUUCAUUCCCUUUUUCCUUUCUUUAUCUUCCCCCUCCCCCCAGCAGAUAGCUUCUCUUUGCCCUCCAACCCCUUCCUCACCCUCCCUGUCCCUAUGACCUUUCCUGGUUCCCCUGCCCCAUCAUACCGUCCCUUCUCUGCCGCUCACAAGGGCAGGAUGGGGAACCUGGAGGUGGGUUUGUACGGAAGGGAAGUUGCCUUGGAUUAGGGGUAUGCAAGUCUUAAGCAAGGUUCUGUUGGGUAAGGAGGUGUUUUCGUCUGACUUCCACACCACCCUCCCCCCACCCCUACCCCUCUCUCCUCCUUCCCAUAGGGCUGCCCAGUAUGCCUGCUCCCUCCUUGGUCAUGCACUGCAGAAACAUGGGGCAAGUCCUGAGCUUCAGAAGCAAAUACGGCAGUUGGAGGGCCAUCUGAGCCUUGGACGAAAGCUUCUUCGCCUGGGUAACUCAGCAGAUGCCCUUGAGUCAGCCAAACGGGCUGUGCAUCUCUCAGAUGUCGUCCUUCGGUUCUGCAUCACUGUCAGCCAUCUUAAUCGAGCCUUGUACUUCGCCUGUGACAAUGUCUUGUGGGCUGGAAAGGCUGGGUUGGCACCCCUUGUGGACCAGGAGAAGUGGGCCCAGCGUUCAUUCAGGUAUUACUUAUUUUCCCUCAUCAUGAAUUUGAGCCGUGAUGCCUAUGAGAUACGACUACUGAUGGAACAGGAGUCUUCAGCUUGUGGCCGUCGGCCGAAGGGGUCAGCAGGAGGGAUCCCAGGAGGUGAUGAAGCUGGGGGUGCAGCGGGGAUCAACGCCUCAGGAGGGAGUCUGCCCCAUCUGGCAUUGCAGCUUCGGCUUCGAGUCCUUCUCCUGGCCCGGGUUCUACGAGGCCAUCCUCCCCUCCUGCUAGAUGUGGUCAGAAAUACUUGUGACCUCUUCAUCCCACUGGACAAGCUGGGCCUAUGGCGUUGUGGCCCUGGAGUUGUGGGGCUCUGUGGUCUGGUGUCAUCCAUCCUAUCUAUCCUUACCUUACUCUGUCCUUGGCUCCGACUCAAGCCCUGAAACCAAAAUUCUAGAUUAGAAGAGAGUCCGAGCUGGGAAUGGGGAGAGGUGGCAGGUUCUUUCUGUUCCAUUGUCACCCUGACUUUCCUUUUGGUUAAAACUCAAGUUUGGAGAAUUACAGAUGAAGAGUGAUUAGAGGGAAAAGGGUGGCCCUUGGAUUCAAUGGGGUAAUUCUCUUUCUCUCUUAUUGCGAUGAUUCUUUGUCUCUUCAAUCUCUUCUUACUAUUUUUAAAGUAAAUUUUAUUUUUUUUCUAUCAACAAAAAUCCUAUUCCCCCAAUGAGAAAGAAAGAAAAACCCCCAUUCCAAAAUCGUAUGGCUAUUUUACUUUUUUUCCUAGUUUCUCUCAGAUUUGUAUCUGAGACUCUUUAAGUUCCUCCUUGUUUUCCAUCCUAGUUAUUUAGUUAUUAGCUACAUUCCCUCGAGAGAAGAAGGGAGGCCCAGGAUUUUGAUCCAUCAUGCCUUAGCUCUUCCCCUCUCAGUGCAGAGGAUGAUCAGGCAGAUGGAGAGUCUUUGGUCUUAUGGUGGAGAAUGGCCCAACAGUCUCUCAUCUUGGCAACUUUUGCUUCAGUGCCAUGUUUUCCUUUCCAUAGCCAUUUGGGUUUUCUCCUCUCAUCUCACCUCCCGCCUUUCCCUUGACUUGGCCCUUUCCGUCUGCACUCCUGUAUUCCUGCUGACAGCAUCUGUUUCUUGCCUUCCUCCCAGGCCUGCUCCUUCUCUGUGACACUGUCUGUGUUCAGCAUCCUAUUGUAAAUACUGUACAAUGAAAUUGUAAAUAGCUUUGGCCAAAGCCCCUGAUGGCUGGCCAACUCAGAGGGCAGCAGAUUAAAGAUGAGUCUUGUUCGUUG